AUGGCCAUCAAGAUUCCCUUAUUCCCGCCUCUGCGGCUGCAUUCGCCUUUCUGGCAGAAUUGGCUCAUAGGCUGCAUUCUCGGCUUGACGGCCGGCCUGUACGGGGCCAUCAACCUCCUCGGAGCUGGUGGAGGGCGUCCCAACUCGGCUCAGACCGUGCAAACCGUGAACGCGACGCUCUGUGCGGUCUUUGCCCUGUCUUCGGCCUUUGCGGGCAGCGUGUUGAACACGAUCGGGCCUUGCAUUACGGCUCUAUUAGGCAUUGUUGGCUAUGCCGUCUAUGUCGGCAGUCUAUGGUACUUUGACCGUACUGGCAAUGAAUGGUUUCCCAUCUUGGCUGCCGUCCUUAUCGGGCUCUCGGCCGGUCUUAUCGUUGUCACCAUGUCGUCCAUCUCCAUGUCAUACUCAGAGGAACAAGAGCGAGGGUCAUUUAUUACCAUCACGUUUAACCUACAGGGCGUGGGUAUGGCUAUCGGAGGUAUUAUUCCUCUGAUCAUCAACCGCAAGUCGCAAGAAGCCGCCGGUGUGCCGAUUGCCGUCUACAUCAGUAUUAUCGCACUCAUGGGUUUUGCCUGUGUACUGGCUCUAGGCCUCCGGCCGGCGGCGAAGGUCAUACGAGAGGAUGGUACCCAGGUGGCUACGAUUCAUUCUCGCGGCUAUGUCGAGGAGCUGAAAGCCAACAUGCUUAUCUUCAAGGACUGGAAGCUCUUACUUAUGAUUCCGGCCUUUCUUCCUUCGGAAUGCUACCUGGUGUACAACGGCUCGGUCAAUGCUUACCACAACGACUUGAGAGCGAGAUCGCUCUUGUCUUUUUGCUCGGUCAUGUUGCAAAUCCCCGCCGGUUACGGACUGCAGAAGAUCUUGGACCAUAAAACAUGGACCCGGCGCAAGAGAGCCUUCAUUGGUCUCGCCGCAGUUGGAAUUCCCAUGACGGCCGCCUGGAUCUGGGAGAUGGCGCGGGUUCGCAACUACGACCGCAGCGAGCUGCCCACUAAGCCACUGGACUGGAGCGACCCCAACUUCGGAGCCAUCUUCGUGUUGUUCUGCCUGAACUGGGUGUCAUGCGCAUUGUUCCAAUGUCUCAUCCUCUAUUUCCUCAGCUCCAUGACCAACUCUCCUCGCACAGCGUCCAACUAUGCGGGAGCCUUCCGUACCUUCAUGGCCGGCGGAGAGGCCAUCUGUUUCGGGGUCGACUCGAUCGGCGUUCCCUUCAUCAAGGAGGCUGGCGUUCUUUUCGCCUUUUACUUUAGCGGGUUGCUGAUCUUCACCUACUUUGCCGCCUAUCACAUCACGCCCACUCAAUAUCUGGUGGGCGAGGAGGGUGUUGUCAUUCCCGUACACGUGGUCGAAGAACUCAAGCACGAUGGUUUGGACCUGCAAGAUGUGCCUGGAGCUGGAGCUGCACCGGCAGCUGAGACCAUCACUGUCGGGGAGGGCAAGCGGACUUCAAUUCAAGUUGCUUAG